GGAUUGCAUAACUAAAUCUGUUGGAUGGGGUAGGUCGGAUCCCGUCACUGUGUUAACAUGUGAUAAUUUCUUUGAAAAAAUUAUGUGUAUAUGUAGGGUUACCCAAAAUAUAGAAAAUAUGAAUUACUUAGUGGGUGAGUAAGUGUUGGAUAAAUGAAUGGUUUUUGCUUAAUUACCUAACUGGAUGGUAUGUUUUGUAUUUUGUAAACUCAAAAAUCAGAUAAUUGUUUUCUACUUGCGAAGAUUGAAAUAAAAUGUUUGUUCCUAAUGAGAUCAGAAUAUCUGAAACAAAAUAUCUACAUUAGCGUUUACUUAUUUCUUUUCAUCCGAAACAAAAAUGUCUUCACCUGCUGUCAUUAACAUAGUGUUUAUCUUGAUGAAUUAUUUCUUUUCAUCCCUUCUGGUGAUGUGGAGUUUGUUUCAAUGAAGGUCUCAAGAACCCAACAAGAGAGGCUCAAGAGAAUCCGGAAUAUUCUUAUGGGAGAUUGCCAUAUUAGUUAUGGAAUGUUAGUGGGUAUGGAUCAUGUACUGAUGCAGCAAUCACUGGCAUAAAUGCCUCCUCCAUUGAUGUAACUCCAGUUGAUUCCUUAUGUAACUUGGUUUAAUUAGUUCACAAAUGUUGUAUAGGAGUUUUUCUGAUGGUCUAACGUUCUGUUGGCUAUACAUGGUUUCUGGAAAACAGUUUAAACAUAUAAAAGAUUUCUUUCCCUUGUUUCAUUUUGCAUUUCUUCCUACUUGUUUGUGGUUCAUUUCUUGUAAUGCUGCUUGCUCUUUCUUAACUAAUGAAUAAUGGAAACUUUAUGAAGUUAUUCUGUUAUUUGAAUCCAGCUUGCUUUUAUUGUUGGGCAGUUAAUGUUGACAGUCACUGUUGGAGAUGAUACAGUAAUCUCAGCAUUCAGCCUUCUAGGUCAGUUUGCAAAAUGAUGUGUAGCUCAUUUCAUAAUAGAUUGUGACAAAUAUUGAUUCUUUUGUGGAUCUUCCUGUUACAUCCUAGUACAGCUUCUCCUUUGAUGUUUUUGAAAGAUCACCACAGAAACGGGAAAAAGAAACUCACCAUGUCACUGAGUGGUAUGGCAUUGGUUGCCAUAACCAGUCCACUUGGUUGCAUAUUUGCUCUUAGACACUCUGGCACUUGUCAUGGUGCUACUGCAGAAGGGAUAUCAUGACGCAAGCUGCUUUUUCUUGGAGAUGCUAUUCAACAGAGGUUGUCUGGUUAAAGUUUCUCUUACUUUGAACCUACAGAAAAUUUAUAUAUGUUGGAGAAAGAAAUCUACAGAUUGAAAUCAAUUUUUUUAAAUAUAAUUAGAAAAUCUACCCGUUGGAUUUAUUGACUGACGGUUUCACCAUGGAAAUCGGCACUACUAGUAUAGCUACCGCGUCCUUUUAUUGGAUUACCAUUAGCCUGAUGUCUCCUUUCCAUGAAGCAAUAUCUUCUUAGGCCAACAGGCCCAACACACACUCUAUUUCCCCUAACAGGAGAUGCUUUGAACAUUUUGUUUUGAUAUUUAAAUAGGCUAAACUCCAUAGCAUCAUGUAUAUUAAUUUUUUU